GAGCCUCUCUCGGCUUUCCCUACUUGAAGCUGGCUUUAACUCAUCAUCCAUCAACCUCUAGAGCAUCAAUCUAUUGCAAAGAUGCUAGGAAUCGGCAUCUCCAUACGACUGAUCAAACAAAAUGCAAACGCAUUCAAAAAGAUCAAUUUCAUCUUUUAUGGUACAAUCUUGUUAGGGAUGUUUACGGUAUAUCUUAAACCAUCUUUGCAUACAUACAUUGUUGAUUUGAUUGAAAAGGAUCUACAGUCUACUUCAGUAGGCAGAUACGUGGCUAGAAUGUACGAUGAAGGACAUCUAUACAGAGCUGCAGCAUCUACAUUUGCAGUCAACGUGUUAGUAGGCUCACUGCUUACAGUCACACUGCCUUCUUUCAUCAUACCUUAUUCAGGUCUAGGAUUGAUCUUAUACCGUACCUUCCUGUGGGGCUGUUUCAUUGCGCCUCCGGAAAAGAAAGCAAUGAUUGAAGCAAUUCCACAUUUCAUCACUUUGAUCAUCGAAGGUCAAGCAUACGUCGUUGCUGCACUGCCUGUCUUGUUGCAUGGUCGUCAAUCAAAGGUGCUCUAUCAAACGGGAGGCGUAAAAGCUUGGCUCCGAGAUGGAUUGGGCUUGCAUGCUCGUGCACUACCAUUAGUAUGUGCUAUCCUCUUCUUUGCUGGAAUUUGGGAGGCUUAUGAAGUCAUUCAUCUUUUACCGCCUUCGGCAAAAAAGUACGGUCAUUGAUCAUCUCUUUUCAGCAUCGCCUCUAAUUGUACGACCACUCUCAAUUGUAUCACCACUCAUAUUCAAUACAUAUCUAGCACACCAUCACAGUGGUUCAUUUGCCAUAUUCUGCGUUUGGCUGUGUCGAUCUCUUAGCUGUGCAUGCAAUCAUACAUCAACUGCUGUGUUGAUGGCAACAUCCUGUUAGAUUACAGUCCCACGAAAUGGGCCUGGGCUGUCGCGGAGCAUGAAGUGGCGAAUCAGCAUCGCAUUGGCUGAAAGGGGCUGAGGUCAGCUGUUCCAUAAAAGUGCAAAAGGUAUCAUGCAAUGCUAUGAAGGAUAUUGAGAAUGGC